AUGGAAGCCGUCGAGAUUUUCUCGCGCGUCAACUGCGCUGGGACGCCAGACGUGCUGGCCAUGUACAAUGUGUCUGCGAGCUGCGCCGUGGACGCGUGCAGCGACAUCAGCUUCGGCAACGACACGUACUUCAUCAGUCGAGCGUGUAACGUCUCGGACAGGUUCGCACACACCCAACAGGUAUUCGGAGACUUCACGUACGUGAUCAUGGAGACAUACGACAACAACAGCUGCUCCUCAUUCGGGGAGGCAGAUGUGUUUCUAGCGUCGGGAAGUUGCGAGAUCUCGUCCGGGUUUGGAGAUCAGUCGGCUAUCACCAGUCUCUUUUCCAAUGGGUCUGGGUCUGUGACACUGUAUCCUAACAACGCGUGUGGCGGCGAGCCUUCGCUGCUCUUUGAGCUUGACAGUGUUGCGCUAUCCACGGGUUCAUGUCAGCAAGAUCUGUAUCGCUUUUACAGCAGUGAGAGCGUCUCUAAUCGAGUUGGAAGCAGUACUUCUGGAUCAAAUAACGGCGCAGUUACAAGUGUCAGCGAUGACUCCGACAGCUCCAGUGUCAGUAUUGGUGCGAUAGUUGGUAUCGCAGCAGCAGCUCUGGUUGCUGUCUUAGCUGUCGCUCUGUUUAUUCUUCGUCGUGUCCGUACGAAACGUGAGGCUGAAGUGGACGAGAACGACGCGUUUAACGAGUUUCAAUCUCCUCACAACGGCCACAAGAGCGGGUCUUUGACAGCUCACGGAUCACUGGAGACCGCGUCAGUACACGGCCACAGUGAAUCUCCCAAACCUCUCGGUCUUGUAGGUUUAUGGGACGAUGAAGUCAUCGCUACAGCUCGGAUCCCUCGCGAGAAGGUCAUCGUUCUUCAACCCAUCAGCCGAGGAGGUGGUGGCGAGGUGUAUAAAGGGCUUUUUAACCAGCAACAAGUCGCGAUCAAGAUGCUGCUGCCUGAAAUGCGCAAGAGCGUCAAACAUGUGAACGCAUUUUUGACUGAGGUGAAGCUUAUGGCGACUCUCGACCACCCGCGCACUGUUCAGUUUGUGGGCGUAGCAUGGGACUCUUUGACCGAUUUUUGUGUCGUCUCUGAGUUCAUGGAAGGCGGCGACUUAAGGGGAUUGCUGACGAGGUAUCAAAAUGAGAACCACCCUACAGGUUUCGACCGUACCAAGGUGACCAUCGCCUUACAUGUCGCCCACGCUCUCACAUACCCUCACUCGCUUGAGACCCCAGUGCUGCAUCGAGAUCUGAAAUCCAAGAACGUCCUUCUCACCUCCAGUCUCGAAGUCAAGCUCACGGACUUUCGUAUCUCCCGAGAACAAGCCGAUAGAACCAUGACGGCUGGUGUGGGGACGUCACUGUGGAUGGCACCGGAGGUGAUGUUAGGGGAGAGGUACGAUGACAAGGCGGACACGUUUUCAUUCGGUGUCUUGCUGUCCGAGUUGGAUGUUCAUGUUCUUCCAUACUCACAUGUAAAGGAGAGGUGGGAUGAUCAAGCGGCAGACACUUUGACCUUGCAAAAAAUUGCUCUUGGGCAAUUGCAGGUCGAUUUUUCGUCGAGUUCGCUGCCGUCUAUGGUGGAUCUGGGCUUGUCUUGUGUGUCGCUGGACCCAAAGCAGCGUCCAGCCUCAGCUGAAGCUCUUUAUCGACUACACACGACAUUAUCGCAGGACCUGUUGAACUCAUAA